AUGCGUUGUUGUGGCGCCCACUCGGCGCGCAUCCAGCAGUUCUUGCGCACCUACUGGCUGUUCGUCGGGCCCAUCCUGUUCGCUUCGAUUCUGCUGAUUCCGCUUCGAUUCGAUGGCAAAUAUACUCUGCCGUGCCGCUGCAUUUUUGCGAUUCUGUGGACGAUUAGCUACUGGGUGGUCAAGCCCGGCCCCAUUGCGAUGACCGCCUUCCUGCCGUUGGUGCUGAUGCCCAUCCUCGGGCUCGACAAGGGCAAGGACAUGUCCGAGAUGUACUGGAAGGACUGUGUCAUGCAGCUGUUCAUCAUCCUCUGCCUGAGCAUCACCAUCGAGGAGAUCAACCUGCACAAGCGGGUCGCCUACUGGCUGCUACGCUUGUCAGGCCCAAGCCCGGCGAGCGUGCUGUACGGCUUCAUGGCGACGAGCUACUACCUGGCCUACUACCUGCCCGACUACUCCGUCGUCAACCUGAUGGUGCCGCUGGCGACUGCCGCCUGCAACGCGUUGGAGGCGUCCAAGGCCAAGGCCCGGCAGGGAACCUUCAUCACACCGGCUUUGGGCAGUAUUGAGAAAGCGGGUGGCAUGGAUCGCAGCGACAAGGCCAGCAGCGCUGAGCCCAUCUCCAAAUCCUCGCGCAACAACUCGAAGUCGCAGGCUAGCGGCCGGGGUGUUGCCAAUCUGCCCAUCUCGGUGACGGGGGACACAUCCCGAGACACUGCCAGUAAAGCCGAGAAGCCGACCGGAUCCGGUGCUGCCAAAUCCGGAAGAUCAGCUGCUUCGAAUAAGAGCCUCUCCGAGAAGCCGAACAGCAAGAGCGAGGCGGCCACGCAGUCUGGGUCGUCGCGUCGCAAGAAGGGCGGCGCCGAGGUGGAGACGGUGAUCAGCGUCGGCUCCGGCGUCCCGAUCGACCCGGACGACACGGAGAUCGGCCUCCGCAAAGCCCUGAUCCUUGCCUGCGCGCACGCGGCGCUGAUCGGCGGCACGGCGCUGCUCACCGCCUCCACCCCGAGCCUCAUCGUCUCCAACCUCAUCAACGACGCCAGCGUUACACCACCACGAGAUCCGCGUAAACCCGACGAACCUACCUUUCCGAUCUUCGACCCCCUGGCGAGGAUGAGCUACAUGGUGUGGGCCGCGUUCGCCAUGCCGCAGUCGAUCCUGUUCCUCGUCGUCUCCUACCUGACCUUGGCGGUCUACUUUCUCGGGCCCGCCGAGUUGGGAAAGUUCGCGUCUUCUUCCGAAGGCGCCCAGGGUGAGGCGGAGGCGCUUACUGCAUUUCUCGAUGAAGCCGACGCGAAAUUGGGCAACUACAGUGAACUCCUCUCUGACGCGUGCGUCGGCGUGAUCGUCAUCUUCGCGAUGACGAUGUGGCCCCGGUACGGCUUUAGAGAUCGUGUCGACAGCGAGAGGCCGAUUCAGCGUAGGUUCGGAGGACCUGGAAAGCCGAGCUCACACGAGAAGCUCCUCACGUGGCCGAUGAUCCAGAAGAAGCUGAACUGGGCGCUGUUGAUCUACACCGGAUGCGGCUUUGCGAUUUCGGCGGCUGUCAAGGCCCGCGGCCUCAACAUCCACCCGCUGUACAUGCUGCUGCCGUGCGCCAUUGCCCCGUCUCUGGCCUUUGCCACCCCGUGGGGCAACGCCCCGAUGGCCGUCGUCUAUGAGAGCGGCGUCCUGGAGGCGGGCGAGAUUGUCCUCACCGGUGCCAUCGUCUCCAUCGUCUGCCUCGCGCUGACGCUGCUCAAUAUCAACACCUGGAGCUACUGGAUGCUGGCGCUGCAUGAGGAUAUGCACUGGCAUCCGGAGGCGGUACCGAAAGGUGCGACUACCGUCUUGAUCAGCACCACGAUCUCGGUGACGAACAUGACUUCGGCGGCCCCGCUCUCG